CUCUGUACUUAAGAUUCUUCCUCUUCUGAUAUUCAGCCUUCAGACAUGGACAUUCCCUGCUGAUUAAAUCUUAAAUCUAACUGGAGCGCUGAAGAAACACAUUACACAAAGAGCUCUGUGGCCAGAUUUAUGACAAACAAAUAUAAAGAAAUAAGUUCUGUUUAAUAUCUAUAGAUAUCUCAACAUCAAAUAAGCCAAAUGGGUGAAGAAAACGUGAGAAAAAGAAAGGGAGAGACUAACAGGGAAAGAGAUGAACAAUCCAUCCAAAGUAAAGAGUCCAAAACUAUGAAUCUUCAGAAAGAGGUGGGCCUGAUCAGUGGGAUCUGCGUUAUUGUUGGUACAGUUAUUGGCUCAGGCAUCUUUAUUUCUCCAAAGUCGGUACUUGCCAAUGUUGGAGCUGUGGGGCCUUGUUUAGUCAUCUGGGCAGCCUGCGGAAUUCUUUCUACAUUAGGUGCGCUAUGUUAUGCUGAGCUAGGCACAAUGAUCGCAAAAUCAGGGGGAGAAUAUCCUUACCUUAUGGAAGCAUUUGGUCCUAUUCCAGCAUAUUUGUUUUCCUGGACUAGUUUAUUGGUCAUCAAACCCAGUUCAUUUGCUAUCAUUUGUCUCAGCUUCGCAGAAUAUGCUUCAGCUCCUUUUUAUCCAGGCUGUGAUCCACCCGUAGUAGUCAUUAAGUGUCUUGCAGCAGCUGCCAUUGUGAUUAUUACCACAGUGAAUUCGCUGAGUGUGAAGUUGGGGAGCUAUGUUCAGAAUUUUUUCACUGCUGCUAAAAUGAUCAUUGUCAUAAUCAUUAUUGUAAGUGGAAUUGUUCUCCUUGCACAAGGAAAAACAGAAAAUUUUAAAAACUCUUUCAAUGAUGCUAAAAUUUCUGCUGGUUCUAUCAGUUUGGCAUUUUAUAAUGGACUCUGGGCCUAUGAUGGAUGGAAUCAACUCAAUUACAUUACAGAAGAACUUAAAAAUCCUUACAGAAAUCUACCACUUUCUAUAAUCAUUGGAAUCCCAUUGGUUUCAGUUUGCUAUGUUCUGAUUAAUAUUUCAUAUUUCACAAUAAUGACUUCAACAGAACUUCUGCAGUCCCAGGCGGUCGCUGUGACAUUUGGUGAUCGGGUCCUUUAUCCAGCUUCUUGGAUAGUUCCUCUCUUUGUGGCCUUUUCUACAAUUGGAGCAGCCAAUGGGACCUGUUUUACUGCUGGAAGACUUGUUUAUGUAGCAGGUCGUGAAGGGCACAUGCUAAAGGUGCUGUCUUACAUUAGUGUUAAACGUUUCACCCCAGCACCUGCUAUCAUAUUUUAUGGUGCCAUUGCUAUUAUUUAUAUCAUCCCUGGAGACAUUAAUACACUCAUAAACUACUUUAGUUUUGCCGUCUGGAUAUUUUAUGGUUUGACUGUAUUUGCACUCAUAGUUAUGAGAUUUACAAGAAAAGAGCUCAAAAGACCAAUCAAGAUACCUAUCGUCAUUCCCAUCUUAGUGACAAUAGUCUCCAUUUUACUAGUUUUGGCACCAAUCAUCAGUGAACCUGAAUGGGCAUAUCUCUACUGUGUUUUAUUUAUGCUUGGAGGACUUAUAUUUUAUGUCCUUUUCAUUCAUUUUAAAUUCAACUGGGCUCAAAAAAUAUCAAGGCCCAUCACCAUGUACCUUCAGAUGCUUCUAGAAGUUGUUCCACCAGAGAAAGUUCCUGAAUAAAAAGAUUUGAUUUCCAGUAGUCUAUUUUUAAGUACUAUAAUGUUUGUGAGGCAGCUUGAAUAGUUUAAAUGUUUAUGCUUGCUAAAUUCAGACUUUUUCAUCCUGAUGUGCCGUUUUAUUUUUGCAACAAUUAUAAUUUAUAAGUAUGUUUUCAAUAUUAUCUUAAGAACAUGAUAAACAGACGUUUUCUGUGCAUGGAA